AUGCUUCACGUUCGAAAAGUAUUGAAGCCAGGUUCAGCCAAUGGUAAACCUGGAGCUUUAAUGGGUAAUAUGGCGAGCAAGAUUGGCAGGUUAUCCAAAUCUCAUGAUCACAAUACCAGUAGGAACUUGUCCACCCACUUGCCAACUUCAGCUCGUGAAUAUUACUCAGCACCCCAGUCGUAUCCUGAUCAUCGUUCCGAGUAUGACCAGCCCAAUUCUAGUAGUCGUUUCUCGAAUUCAACUUCAGCUCCUGAAUAUAUCCCGGCAGCCGAGUCGCGUCGUGGUUCUCAUUUAGAGUACUACUUUCCCAAUUCCCCUAGUCGUUUCUCCACGCCAAUUUCAGCUCGUGAAUAUAUCCCAGAAGCCGAGUCACAUCCUGAUCGUUACCCGGCGUAUCACCUGCCCAAUUUGCGGCCUCUGUCUGCUCCUUCGUCCUUUUCAAAUGCCGUAUUUCAAGCAUUUAGCCGAAGCCAGAUGGACAUCCCGCAGCGUGCUGAACAUAGGGUCAAGCAAAACGUAUUGAUUAUUCAACGACCAUGCUGGUCAAGAUGGUUUAAAAGGAACCCAAGCCAGGAGUCAGCAUUUUACAUGGAAUCUUCAAACCGGGAGAGUACCUUGCACAACGUGGAACCACCUGAUGAACCUCAUGGCCGUAUCUCCCUGUCAAGGUUCCCAGACCCACCAUCCCAGAACUCCAACGCCAAUUUUUACAAAUCGAAUGCCAUUUCAACCGCAGGAAACACUCCCCCUUCUGAGAUUCUUAUGUGUGGCGGCGGAAACUCGAGAGCAAAUUCUCUAGUAUUUUUCCCGAUCAUGGACGGUCCCCCCGAGUCUCCUGAAGUUUCCGUACCGUCCUCUGUGUAUGGCCAGUCUUUCUCUACGUUACCCACCAGUCCAUCCGCUUCAUUGAGCCCGAAAUCUUUCAAUCCCGAGUAUCACGAAGAAUUGAUUUCGCCACAAAGCAGAGCAACAGUAAUCUCAAACUCAAACUCUCGCCAUCACAGAUCUAUUCAGGUGGAAAUUUCAGUGCUUCCACAAGAGGGUCAAUCAUUGACCCUCGGCCAAAUCUCAUUGGUUCCACAAGAAUAUCAAUCAGUGACCCUAGACCAUCCCAGUACUGCGAUCAAAUCGAGAAUCAGAACGAGUUGGCAACCAUACAACCAUUCGAUAGUCGAGGAGGUCAGCUAG